AGCGUUUUUGCACACGAAGAAAAAAAUCGAAAUUUAUUAUUCAAAACAGGAAAAAUAAUAACAAUGUGUACAGCAGUCUUGUUAGGGCGUCGUAUGAUACGGUUACCUUUAAAUUAUCUUGGUUAUUCUUUCCAUAUUUCUCGGUGUACUCAUAAAAUGUGGGUGCCAUCCAUGAAUCAGUGUCACUCACAUUAUAGGGUACGGCGAUUCGUUACUGAGAAGCCUGGUUCAAUUCCUUCAGUAAACAAGGUGACUGCGGAAGAUGUCGUUUCUUCUUCGGAAUCAGAUUCUAAAAAAAUUCAUGAUGAUAAUUCCGACAAGUUUAAGCUUAAAACAGAGCAGGCAAAUGAUGUUGCUGUUACUAAAAAUGUAACAAUCGAACACUUACAAGAUCGUAUUUUGCGAAUUUUAGCUGAAAACGAAAAUAUUAUACAACGGCAUACUGAAGAGUUAAAAAAAGCAAAACUAUAUUCUAUUUCAAAAUUUGCUGAAGGUCUUUUGAAUGUUUGUGAUAAUCUUGAAUUAGCGAUUCAACACGCUACAUCUGAAAGUUUUAUGGAAACAAAUCCUCUCGUUCAGGGUGUUACCCUAACCUUAGAGAGUCUGAAGAAUUUAUUAGAAAAUUUCAAUAUUCAUUCGUAUGAAUCGCUCAAUACAGUAUUUUGUCCUUCAAAACACAGCGUUGUUCACGAGGUUGAGGAUCCAUUAAAACCAAAAGGUACCAUAGUUGAGGUCAUAAAAAAAGGAUAUAUCAUUAAAGAUCGCGUAUUAAGACCCGCCUCUGUCGUCACUUCCAAAUAAAACCUUUUAUUUGAACCCAUCAUUUAAUGUUUACAUGAUAAGUCAAAUUAACAAUACGUUUUCUUUCAACCUGGCAAUAUGAAAACGAAAUACUAGCUUGUUAGAAGAGCUUUUCUGUAUUUUGUGCAAUGGUCGUAUAAUUUUAUAAUUAAAAUUGAAAAAAGAAUUUUUUUUUGAAAUUGUUUUGUUAGUUUAUAUUAAGAAAAUAAGGAUUAAUAAUUAAAUUUUA